CUGGGCAUGCCACUUUGACACAAAACAUCCUCGGCGCACACAGGAGAACGAUUUGAAAAGUAGUAAAUAAUGAAAACACGCAACACACCAGCAAUCGGGAGUGAUAUUGCUGAAGUGUGAGCUAACAUUCUUGCAGGUUUUGCGUAAAAAUAUUCGUCGACAUGGAUGACAACGAGGACCUGGAAUACGUCGAGGAGGAUUACUACGCGUUUUUGAACGUGCCACGCAAUGCCUCACAGGAAGAAAUCAUCAGUGCCUAUAGAAAUUUUAGUCGGAUCUACCACCCGGAUAAGCAUGUCGACGUCAGUAAUAAGGGAAAGGCCGAAACAAUGUUCAACCGGACAAAACGAGCGUACGAGAUACUCUCGGAUCCACAUCAGCGAGCAAUCUACGAUUCGCUGGGAAAUAAAGGCCUCCAUGCGGAAGGCUGGGAACUGGUUCACCGCACGAGGACGCCAGCUGAGAUUCGCGAGGAAUACGAGCGUCUCGCCAGAGAACGUGAAGAACGGCGGUUACAGCAGAAAACCAAUCCGCGGGGAAAUCUUACGGUGCAGAUUAAUGCGACGGAAAUUUUCAGCAAAUCUGAGGACGAUUACGACGAGGGUGGGUUGUUCCCGGCGAUUGAAGUUUCCGGGAUGAGCAUGUCGCAAUCGAUUGAGGCGCCAAUGUCGCGAACGGACACGGUCAUGCUGGCUGGCAAUUUGCACCUCCAAAACGGGGUAGGUGGUGGAAACUUUAUGCUUUCGGGGAGAAGACUGAUCAACAAGGGUUGGUUCGAGGUGGACUGUGGCGCAGGUAGCGGACCGGUGCUUGGAUUGAAGGGUUCGCGCAAUUUAACCAAUCGACUAUUCCUGAGUGGAGGAACGACAGUUAAUUUUAGGCAAAAUGCAAUCAUUCCUGGAAUUGCUGGAACUUUGGCAAUGCAAUUAGACAAACAUACGGUCGGCUAUUUGACGUACAACGCUGGCCUACAGAGUUCGAUGUCUACCUCAAUCGAACAUAAUACCGAUAGGUAUCACUAUAACUUAAGUGCUACAUUAGGGAUUCCGCAUUGCUACAUUACCGCCAGCUAUACGCGAAAAAUGGUUGAACAGGAGAUGAAACUUCGUGUGGCAUUGAAGGGAGGAACCUUCGGAUUUCUAGCAGAAUAUGGCGCUGAGAAAAAGGUCUCCAAAUACAGUUCGGUCAUGGCUACUGUGAGUAUGGGUGUUCCCACCGGAGUAAUUCUGAAAAUCAAAAUCAUACGAUCAUCGCAGACUUUCUUGUUUCCCAUACAUUUGAGUGAGGAGAUUAUUCCAGCUGCGAUAUUCUACGCCACCAUCACGCCUCUUCUAACGUACUUUGUGUUGAAGAAGACCAUAAUUGAUCCGAUGAAUGAGGCAUCUAAACAGCGAAAUAUUGAGAAAGUAAAAGAAACGAAUCGCACACGGAUGGCAGAAAAACGACGUGAAGCGGAAUCGGCAAUUGCACUGAUGGGCGCUAUGUACGAGCGUGUUCGCAACGAGGAGCAGAAACGUAAAGGUCUCAUUAUAGUGACGGCUCUUUACGGCAAAUUUACCGAGAACGAAAAAGUAUCCAUCGAGCAACGAGAUGAGAUGGGUUUCAUUCAGCACAAACAAAACGUGAUCGAUGUGAAAAUUCCGCUGCAGUGUCUGGUGAAGGAUUCCCGAUUAACGUUGUACGGCUCCACGAAGAGCGAACUUCCAGGUUUCUACGAUCCGUGCUUUGGGGAGGAUAAAUUGUUGCAAAUUGACUAUGAGUAUAGAAAUAAAUCAUUCAGUGUAACUGUGGCAGAUAGCGAAGAUGUUAUGAUACCUGAAAAUGGUAACGGCAAUUCAACGCAAAUCUAAGCGAACCUAUCACCAUCCAUGUGAAUCGAGCUGUCGUUCGGACAGCUGUGACGCACUACAAGACACUACAUGGCUCGCGGAGUAACCUAAAUCAAUCUGGGGCAUUUGCGAUGGUUGUCAGCUAUGGAUACUGCUGUAGCUGAUGUUCUUGGACGUUUUAAUCAAACAUGGAGCUUAGUUAAAUGUUUUGUUGUACAAUGUAGUCGAACUGCCAACCGAAUAUAGAGUAUCUAAUCCGCUGA